AUGAAAGCUUCUAUUGACCUUAAGGUUCAUGAGCUUCGAACCUUGAUGUCUCAAGAGGUUAAGAAGAUAGAUGAUAACUACAACUUGCUUCAUAUGAAAUUUGAUGUUGUUACCAAUGCAACCACUUGUUUGAUAGAAGAUAUCACUACGUUCAACAUGUAUUAUUCCAAAGACAUCAAAGUUAAAGUUGAAAAAUAUGAUAAAGUGUUGGAAAAGAUAGAAGAGUUUCUUUCUGAAUUUAAAGAAACCUUAUCGAAAGUUGAUCUUUAA